CGAGAAAAGGCGACGGUCGGUGCGAAGAAGCUAGAAAUGGGUGGACGAACGGAUGAAGCCUCCUGCACGGAUCUUGAAGAAACCAGAGGUGAACUGUGUGGGGCAGGCGAAGCCACACUGUACGAAUAUGCAUAUGCUCUAAACACCACAAGCGUCGGUCCUCAAUGGCGAGACUAUUCAGACGGUGCAGCACACACCGGCGAGCCAAAACGACCGGGGCGACCCGCGCUUUGAUCUGCCAUUCAGGUGGUGCAACCGGUAGAGACAAUAGCGGCGAUAGUGUCGACGCCGCAUUGGCAAACAUCAAUAGCUGAACUGCAUGGCACUGUGCGUUGCUGCACC